CCCGAGAACGAGCUGCGCAACUACCUCGCCCUCUCAACCAUCCGUACCCGCCCUUAUCUAUUCAAAAUUGUCACCCCGGUCAGCAUCGACACAUUCCACGAACUGCUAGCCACGCACCCGAAUCAGGACCUUGUAUCGUCGGUCGUUCGCUCGCUCCGCGAGGGUUUCUGGCCCUGGGCAAUUACAGGUCAGCCUGGUUAUCCGGUGUCGUGCGACUACGCAGUCCCGCUCACCGAC